AUGGCUUCUUCAACCUCAUCCUCCACUCUUUCUAUAUCUUCUUCUUCCACCCUUAUUGAUGCCAAACCUCCUUGUAGACAAUCUACAUCUCCGCACUGUGUGAGCCUUCCAACUCUUCCUCCACCUGUGCAGUCUCAAACUCAAACUCGUCCAUGGAAAACCCCAGCAUUCUGUCGAAAGAUUGCUCGCAACGUUAUGUCCAAGGUUUCCAGUACCACCACAGAGACAGCCACAGCACCGGUUGAUCCAGUUGCUACCUCAGCUGAGCAGCUCAGUGUUAGUGAUUCUCCAGAAUUUCUCAAGACUAUUCAAGAAACAUGGGAGAAAGUUGAAGACAAAUAUGCAGUGAGUACAAUAGCUGUAGCUGGUGCAAUAGCAUUAUGGGGCUCAGCUGGUGUGAUCUCGGCAAUUGAUAGGCUUCCUUUAGUUCCUGGAGCUCUUGAAGUUGUAGGAAUUGGUUACACUGGGUGGUUUGCAUACAAGAACAUACUUUUCAAGCCAGACAGGGAAGUUUUGGUACAGAAAAUAAAAGGAACUGUUAAAGAAAUUACUGGGAUCGAUAUCUAA